UCUACCUUUCAUCAUUUACAUUCCUUCCCCAGUAUACCGUCUUUCUCUCCUCUAUUAUAUGACCUUUGUGUCUGUUUAAACUCAUAUCUAUACCUAAGCAUAACUGGUUUCAGAGUCCUCUUUGUUAGGUUGAGUACUGGUUUUCUAUAUACUACACAAAGUAUGAUAGCUACUAACAAACACAAUAUCCUUUGUUCAUUCUUUAUUGUUUCUUCUGCCUUAAUGAGCAAGACUUAUAAUUGAGAGCUUGAAUACACCUACCUCUUAACCCCACUAUCUUUGCUGAAGAACACCUUAAGUAAAGCUUACACUCCAUAUCAGCUACCAAAAGUUUUUGUAGUCAGGUUUUCUAGUUUUUAGGCAGCGAUGAAGAACUCUCCAAUACACUUGGACUAUGAGACAAGUGAUUAUGGUGUCCACGAGUUUGAUCCACAGAUUGAUUUCUCACAGUUCCUGGAAGAAGCAAAACAACAUGCAAGAGAAAUGAAAUUUAAGGCCUCAUCAACAUGUUUUGAAGAAACUAGGAAGGGAAAAAUAGGAGAAGAGAAAAAGAUCAAAAAAUCAUGGAAGAAUUCUCUGUUUCGAUGGUUAAAAGUGGAGAAAAAGAGCAAACCCUGCACUGAACCUGCAAAUACUUCUCACAUUUCAAAGCCGAGAAAGGGUCAUGUUUCUGGUCCAAUAUAUGGCAGUGGUAGGGGAGAUGACAUGAGGCGUCCAACAUCAGGGCCAAUCACUAGCUUCUUCAAACCCAUCAAGAGAGUGGAGAAUGAGAUACCUUAUAUGUGUCUUGAUCAGCUUAAUGACUCUCAUCAUGUUAAGUCCUAUGGACCUGUUUAUUUGGUUACUUAGUUUAUCUUUUCUCUAAGACAAAACCUUGCAACGGUGGAGUUUCUGCAUUUUGUCAGCAUAGUUUAUGUUGGUUGUUGGAGAAAGCAACUGAUACCUAAAACUGGAUAAUGUUAUACAGUUGGAUUAUCUGAUAGGAAAAGACUUGAAACUGAAGUUGUCUUUGUUUAAAGUUUCUUAAACUAUUGCAAGUAGUUCUUAAUUCCUUGCUUCUCUAGUGCAUUUUUCUUUUUCAAUUUUCCAAGAAUUGUUCCACAAUUUUUGAAUGAUCUCAGAUGUUUAAUCCCCAUGUCAUGGAGAAAUUUCUUUUUGUUUAUUCUUAUUAACUUGAGAAAACCAGUCAUGGAAACUGCUUCUUAACCUGCUAAUAUAUUUAGCCUGGACUGUCAAAGCCGUAUCUCACAAUAGCUAGUCAAAAAAGAAACAGGAGAAAAGGUAGACAGGAAAAAGAAUGAAGAAUAAAAUCAGAAGGAAUGUUUCUUGCUUCAGUUUUAGGAAGCAUUAACUUACAUAAUGAAGACUCCUUAUGUUUGCCCUUGCAGCUUGAUUUGCAUAAAGAGAAACCAAAGUAUUGUGAAGGAAGUUAAGACUUGCUUUCACAAAGCCGUAUACCAAUUACUUUUACUAUCUUCAAGUCUACAAGAUUUUAACCUCAGGUUAUGAAGUUUCAUGGAAAUAUAACUCAAGAGAUGAGUUCAUGCCUGUCCAAACACCAUAGUUAUAGAUGGUAUAUGUCUAUACAUAGUG